UUUUCGGGAAUUAACCGGAUGCAGAAUUCUGGAGACCGGAAGUUUGGAGGCAGUGAUGGUAAAGAGAGUGCAAUACAAUAUUACUCCUUCAGCAUUUAUGAGUGUCCAAGACCUAGUGAAUAUUAUUCCACUGUUUAUUAUAGAAUAUAUACGUUGAAAACGUUCUUUCUAUUGUUAUAUAACAUGGAUAAAUUGACAGCUUUGUCAGGGAUUCUUUUCUUCACUGCUGAUAUCUUUGCCAUUGGAAGCUUAGCAAAUCCUGAUUGGAUAGUUACCAGUGAAGCAGGUAAUAUGAGACUGGGUCUGACACAGCAUUGUCAGAUAAUACAUGGUCGGCCUGAAGUAUGCACUUGGCCACAGCUACCAGCAGAAUGGACUCUAGCAUUUCUGUGCAUUGUUGGAGGCAUUCUCUGUCUUACCGCCACCUGCAUUCUCCUCCUCCUUUCCCACUGGCAUCGUCAGGCAGCAAAAUAUGUUCGAUGGGUUGCCUUUUUUGGAAUGACGCAGUUCUGCCUUGCUGCUGUGGUGUUUCCGAUUGGGUUUCAUAUUGCAGCCAUUGGAGGUCAGCCUUACAAACUGCCACAUCACACUCAGGUUGGCUCAGCUUAUGUCCUGUUCAUCAUGGCCAUUUUCUUCACUGUUAUUUCCGAACUUUUCUCAAGUCGUGUGUGUCUGCCAGUCCUGUGAUUCAGCCCAUGCCUGAAGGUAUUCUUGACUGGAGACAGUGUUACAGACAUCUACCAUUGGAGUUCACAUGAAAUAUAUUUGAACUAGAUAUGUUACAAGAGCAAAACAGGAAUCAAAUGCGGCUUACAUAUGUGAAGACAAGUUAAUGCAACAAAGUUUGCUCUCACAAAGGCUCAUGACUGUCACUAAUAGUGUGUUGUAGCAAAGCAUGUGACUAUAGUCACUCUGCUUGCAGAGGCUGUAUUGUUAGAAAUCAGCACAGACAAUACUGCUAUCAGACCAUUGAAGGCACUCAGAAAUACGUGUUUCAAUUAUCCUAUUUGUUGGAAAUAGCAUGAAUUGCAUAACAACUACACAAACUUGUGUAGUUUAGAGGUGGAACUCCCUGUGUUAAGAAGUGUUUCUCUAUUCUCUCCCUUUGAUCACAUUUGGGACAUGUCCAUGCAUUCAAACAGAUACAUGAAUUCACAUUCAUUUUCUUGUCGCUCUCCCUCAACCCAGACUCCACCCACCCACGCAGCUGAGGAAGACAAAGAUUACAGUGAUGAAUCUGGCAGUGUGUGAUUUGUUCAAAAAUAAAUUGUGUCAGUGUAGGAACAAACCUACAGAGAACCUAGCUGCCAAAUAUUAAACCUUUAUAUGGUACUUCAGGGUCCUCGGCAUAAACUUUUUGUUGCAAAAAUAACAUUUUUCAUCAACAUAUAUGCAGGUUUGCCAGGUUUUAAGAGAUGGGUGCUGCUUGAAUGAUGUACUUUUGUUGGGUUCAGCAUUAAUUGCGGCAAUACCAAACAGUUGUUAGUGUGUUUUGGUAUGAUCCCCAAAACAUUCAUGUGCCAUUGACAAAUGCUAGUUUUCUAGUUUAUUUCUAGAUGGGAAACUGGAGUAUUAGUGAAGGUAAAUGACAGCAGAAAGAGAGGGCUGGCUUCCUUCUAUAUGCAGUGCCCUGUAAAACAUGUCACACUCUUCACUGUCCCAAUAGAUCUAAGGCUUUGUGCCCCUUUAUUUGAAUUUAUUUCAAGAAUGGCAUUCUUUGUUUUUAGGUGCAUUCCUUAUAGUUGUAAUUUGAUAUUUUCCUGGUGGAUUUAUUCAACAGACAGACAAAGGGACAAUAUCCAUGAAAGUACAACUUACAUAUUUAACAUUUUUUCUAAUUACUUAAUCAUCACGUAUUUAUUUGUUGUUAAGACGAUUUAAGUCUUGAGAAUUCCUUUAUGUGCGAUUUGUCAGUGAUUGCUUGCUUGUUUGCUAUGUUCUCCACAAGAAUGCUGCAAAUUGCAUUAACCAUUAGGUUAUUAGGAAAUCUGCCAGUAAAAAGUUUUGCAUCUAAUGAAUGCUGUUUUAAACUGGCAAGUAAUUCAGUGUAUCACUGGCCUUCCUGCUAUGUUUGACCUUAACUAGUAGGUAUCAGGCCAAGAUGAAAUGGGUUACAUAGACAUUCACAAGUUUAAAGAGUGUUAAAUUAGUUACAGUGUUGUGGGCAAAUGAUGGAAGCUGGCAGUGAUGAAAGUUUUACUUGUAUGGCAAGGUAAACUGUAAUUAUGUUCAAAAUCCGACACUGCACUUAAUGCAGAAAUUUGAAAUGUUACUCUGUGCUUUAUUUUUAAAAAGGGGCGUUAUUGAAAGCUGAAAAAAACUUGAAUGUUGUAGCACAUUUUGUUUCUGCCCACACAAAUGACAGCAAAACACAAAAAAGAGUGUUUUUUACAAUUAUUAAUUUCAUUUGCAUUUACGGUAAGUCUACUUUUGUAACCACUGUCAUCACUUGUUGCCUUGCUGCUUGACACAAAAGAAUAUGUUGAAAGACUUUCUUAGAGUUCCUUCUAUACCCCUCAACCCUUUACCAUGUGCACAUUUUCCUUUGCGAAAGACUACUUGCUUUCCUUACAACUGUCCCAGAGGGUAAUUAAAUACACACAUUCAUAGCCCUACAGCUGAAUCAGCAAAGAACAGUUUCCUGUUUGUCCUGCAAGCAGGCAUGUAAAAUCAGGGAGCAGAAAGUCCUUUGACUGAACACAUUUGUUCUCACAGAUAAUGCAGAGGGCCUGCAGGUCAGCUGAUCAAUCCUAAUGAUACUUUACUUUAAAAAAAAGACGCGUUCAGGUGGAUAGCAAGGUCCCUGCUCCCUGCUCAAGCCUUAUUUAGCAGUCCCAUGUUGGUCAAGUGCUUGCUGACCAGCCAAGGCCACAUUCAUUUCUGGUGUGUGAGUGGGACGAAUACUUUGCUUACAAGCAUGCAGGACGAAGAGAAGUGAAGGGAUAAAAUCCACCCAUUGUGAGAGGCAUUGGGAGAAAAAAAUUGUAAGAAUGCUUGUAACAUUGAAACAGAAUUAUGGAUGUAAGUUAAGAUGGGACCUUUUAAAGACUUAUCUACUGUGUAUACUGUAACGUACAGCUCCCACAAUUUGAUGAUUAAUUACAGUAAGUUUAUGAUCGCUAUUCUCUUGGCUAUUGAAAAAUAUUAAAUCUGUACAAUAUUGAUGAGGGCUACUGUGUUUGAAAACUGCAUUUAUUGAGUAAAGGUUGAAAUGAA